UGUAAAAAAUCAUAAGAGUUACGUGAAGUUUAUAGAGCUAGUCAAGUCUGUUUGCAAUAUUUAACAAGGAUUUUGUGUUUAUCUGUAUUUAGCAGGGAUCUGAACACAUUACAACAUGAAUAAUAACAAAUUUGAUGCUUUAAAGACAUCCGACAGCGAUGACUCUGACAAUGAAAACAAGGACAUGAAAGAAGAACGGGAACCUGUAACACCAGGCCCAGGUGAACACGCGCUGCAGUUUGCCUACACAUUCUGGUUCACACCACGAUUUCCGGGUCGGCAAGCAUCGUCUCUAAAUUUUGAGCAGAACAUUAAAUACGUCGGGACAGUUGCAUCUGUUGAACAAUUCUGGGCGUAUUACAGCCACAUGGGACGACCCGGCGACCUCACAGGACACAGUGAUUUGCAUCUCUUCAAAGAUGGUGUGAAGCCAAUGUGGGAAGAUCCGGCAAAUAAAGAGGGUGGCAAGUGGAUUGUGCGCUUGAGAAAAGGCCUGGCAUCUAGGGCCUGGGAGAAUCUUAUCCUGGCAAUGCUCGGGGAACAGUUUAUGGUUGGCGAAGAGAUAUGUGGCGCGGUCGUAUCGGUUCGAUUUCAAGAGGAUAUCAUUUCAGUGUGGAACAAGACUGCCAGUGAUCAGGCAACUACGUCAAGAAUUCGUGACACCUUGAAACGAGUACUAAAUCUUCCUCCGAACACUAUUAUGGAAUAUAAAAUGCACCUGGAUAGUCUGAAAGACAAUUCAAGUUUCAGAAACACAGAUGUAUUUGUGCGGUAGACGUGCUGCAUGUGUUUGAAUUUGUUAAUUAUUCUUUUUGUACAUGUUUUGAUGAUGUUGACUCUAGUGUAGUGACUGGAACUUAUAAAAAUUAUAUUAUAGCUUGGGAUAAUAUAUGAGUACUAGCCUCAAAGAUCUGUAAAAGCCGAAUGUUGUUUAACUCUCACAAUGCGGUAUUGAACUGUUUAUUUGUGCUUAUUGUGUCAAAGCACAAAUAUAAUUAUAUGCCUGACAUGUAAUUUGUAAUAUUCCUUCUUGCACUUAAUGAGUGCAAAGAAUAUUUUUGAGCAUCUAUCAGGUUUCUCUGAUUUGCUAUUCAGAGCAAACCUGUUUGCUAUAGGAAUUAAUAGAUAAAAGACAAAACAAAUUUAAACUUGAUAUCAAUCUCCAUCGAAUUUAUAUGUUAGUUCAACUAUUUAGAUUGGAUAGCAGUUUUUCAGCUAGUUGGAUACAUUCCUGGGACCAAGGUGUCUAUGUCUCCAAAUUGUCUUUUGUUAAUAGACAGUAUAAAACAAUUAGAAAUAGCCCAAAACAAAUCUGUUAUAACACGUGUAUGUGCUAAUUUUUCCCAACGAAAAUAGUAGUUGGCAUUCAUUGCAAUAUGGUGUUAAAUCAGUUUUAUUUCAUAUUACUUUUACCACACGUCUCUAAUACCACAUGCUUAAUUGCUGUUACAAGUGCAUUGGUUUAUUAUUACAUGAGUAGCUUACUUACCUGUCUAUAUGUACCUAACGCAUAUUAUAUUUUAUAACGACAAACAAUACAAUCAUGUUCCAGUGUAUCAAGGCCCAAUAUUGCUAACUCGUAUCUAAUUUGGCAGGCUAUUGUGAAAUGUUCUCUAGUAUAUACUGUUAGAAGUAUACAGGAUAUGAACGUGUGGAAAUAAACGUGUAAAAUAUAAAUUUUAUCGAAAACAA